ACAAGUGAACACAGGUGACCUGGGACGCGCCAAGCUCCGCGGACAACAUCACAACCAGCGGAAAUAAAAACAAUUAGCAGCUGGAGUGCCAGUGGAGUGUAUCAUCCAUUUUUCUGAAAUUAUUAAUGACACAUAAUGCCCUAUUUUUUUGUUUUUUUGCGUAGUUUGUGUUUGAGGAUACGAGCGAUUCCACUGACCGCAUUGGAGCGCACUGGUGGAAGACCCACGUAGUUUCCAGAACCUGCACUCCCAACUUCGUAUCAUCUGACCUUCAGAGCGUUUUCCAGUCCUCUCCAGGGUGUCCAGAGAUGUAGGGAGCAGUGGGAGGAGCACCCCUCCCCCCCCUUUCUCACUCUCUCAGCACCACUUUACUUACAAAGAGGUAACCAUGGUUGACAGAGGAAGAACAAUGAUUCCAAGCACCACCCUCCUUUUGAAGCUUCCAGUCUGUUAUUUGAACUCAAUCAGCAUGACAGAGUGAACUCCAGCCUUGUCCUCGUCAACACUCACACUUGUGUUAACGAGAGAAUCACUGACAUGAUGUCAGCUGGUCCUUUUGUGGCAGGGCUGUAAUGCAGUGGACAUGUUUUUGGGGGAUUCAGUUCAUUUGCAUGGCAAAGAGGGACUUUGCAAUGAAUUGCAAUUAAUCUGAUCACUCUUCAUAACAUUCUGGAGUAUAUGCAAAUUGCCAUCAUGCAAACUGAGGCAGCAGACUUUGAAAAUUAGUAUUUGUAUCAUUCUCAGAACUUUUGGCUACAACUGUAGAUCAUAAACGGCGAGUAGCAGCGGCGUGCCGAGCAGUUGCCAUACCAAGCGGUGAUGCAACCAGUCGAUGGUGCAGCUGUAGAACUUUUUCAGGAUCUGAGGACCCAUGCCCAUGCCCUCUUCACGACUGUACUUGGUGUGUUUGGACCAUAAUAGUUUGUUAGUGAUAUGGACGCCAAGGACUUUGGAGCUCUCUACAAUAUGCAGGGAUAUUGGACUGGAUGCUGGAGUGAUGCUGGAGUGAUACUGGAGUGAUACUGGAGUGAUACUGGAGUGAUACUGGAGUGAUAGUGCUUCCUCUCUCUCUCGGGCUGGACUGUGGUGCAUCUGCGUCUGCACGCCCCCCCCUCCCCCCUCGCCCUCCAGCCAUGGCCUCGCGAGUAGGGCUGCGUCUGCAGCUAAUGCGAGACCAGCUGCAGCAGGAGGAGCAGCGGGAGCGGCAACAGCAGCAGAAUGCGGCGCUGCAGUACAUUCAACAGCAGAGUAUGUCUGUCCCUGCUCCCAGCCCUGCCAUCAACGCUCCACAACACUACCAGAGCAUGCAGGUUCCUGUUGAGGUGCUCAAGGUCCAGACUCACUUGGAGAACCCAACAGACUACCACAUCCGCCAGUCCCAGAGACAACAGGUGAAGGAGUACCUCUCCACCACCUACGCCACCAAGCAGACGGUGCAUGCAGUAACAGGUGUGGUGCAGCCCUCCCCUCCCCCUCCCCACCACUCCCCCCGGCUCCGUACGGAGCAGCUCAUCACAGGAAACAGCGCCCCCAAUAGCCCCAUGGCCAUGCUCAACAUCGGCUCCAGCCACGAGAACGAGGUACACGAGAUGGAUGAGGUCAUCGAUGACAUCAUCAGCAUGCAGUCGAGCUAUGAUGACAUCCAGCAGUAUAUUGACCCUCUUCAGACGUCCAACACUCUCCCUCUGUCCAGCAGUCACCUGGACGUGUACACGGGCCCUGGGAUGACCGGUCAAUCUAUCGCCAUGACAAGCAAUUCCUGCCCUGCCAACCUGGCCAUCAAACGAGAGCUGACGGAAACCCGUGCAAUGGCCAAAGAGAGACAGAAGAAAGACAACCACAACCUCAUUGAGAGGAGGAGGAGGUUCAACAUCAACGACCGCAUUAAAGAGCUGGGCGGCAUGAUCCCCAAAACCAACGACCUGGACGUGCGCUGGAAUAAGGGCACUAUUCUGAGGGCAUCCGUAGAGUACAUCAAGCGUAUGCAGAAGGACAUGCAGAGGACCAGAGAGGUAGAGAACAACUUCAAGAGGAUGGAGAUGGCCAACAAACAGCUGUGGCUGCGCAUCGAGGAUUUGGAGAUGCAGGCUCGUCUGCACGGCCUCCCCAGCUCCUCUCCCUCUGGGAUGGGUUCUGGGGACCUGAUGGGUUCCUACAUUAAACAGGAGACCAGCCCUGAGGAGAAGCUCCAGCAGCAGCAGCAGCAGGCCCAGCACCAAGCUCUUUCCCAGGGCCAACAACACCUCCACCACCCCCAGUCCCACCACAUUCAGCCCCAGCAGGGCCAGCCCAGACAGCUGCCUCCUCUCCCCCCUCACCUACAGCCCCAACUUCCCCUCCAGUACCCAGCUGUGGGCAGCUCUCAGCCCUUUGACUUUGCCCAGUCGCUGGACUUGUGUGACGGGGUUCCUGGCUACCCGGAGGGCUUGUCAGGGCUAGGGGAGCUUGGCCUCCUGGGUACCCAGGGAAGGAGAGGCGACCUGGGCUUCCUGAUGAUGGACGAGCCCCUGUCUCCUCUGGGUGGAGACCCUCUGCUCUCUGCCAUGUCCCCUGAGGCCUCGGUUGACUCCAGCCGCAGAUCCAGCUUCAGCAUAGAGGACACAGAUAUACUGUAGAGGGAGUGUACACACACACAGACAGACACACACACAGACACAGGCACAUAUGGUACGUACAGAACACCCAAUGGACAUGCACCCGAGAGCACUGAUAUACUGUGAUAUAUGCUUUUGCUCUGUUCCUCAACCCUGCUACAUAUGCACUCCAGACGCCCUCACAUACACUGUAAGCACUCGCGUAGACACUGUACACACACUGAGACAUACUUAAACACACACACUCAAAAUUCUCAUGGAUGCACACCCUUAACACUCACAUUCAACAGCAAUAUGAGAAACCAAACCCAUGUUUCGGAUUGCAAUAGUUGUUCCCUACCACUGUAAAUAUCAGAGCACCUCUAAAUGAUACACAAUCUAGUACACACACAAAUACACAAUGAGCACAGACAGCUUCUUGUUCACUCUAACACAGAAGGGCCCCUGUUAUUUGAAGGGAAAUAUGUGAGGGACUGCCAACGGUUUAACACACACACACACACACACACACACACCCUUCUUCUGUAAAACACACUGCCAUGACCUCUAUGGUACUGCCAUCUCCUGUGUGAUCUAUGACCUUUAGCCUUUAGGGUACUGCCAAGUCUACUCCAUGACCUCUGACCCCAGUGUGAAUGUUGAGGAGAGAUGGAUUGGCCCUGCAUUGUGAGAUAGUGUAGCGAUUGAAGCGGUUAUGUCGCUCCACAGUGUAAGUAAUUCCACGUAGCGAUUCAGGGUCUUCUGUAGCCCAGUCCUUAACCUGCCAACGUGCCUUGUGUUAGCCACCUGAAGCCUCACUCUAUCUGGGUGGAGAGUGAAGGAGUGGGUUGUGUUUUAGUAUAUUGUAGUGCAGGGUUCCCCAACUGGCGGCCUGCGCUACAAAUUUUGCCCACAGGUGAUUUAUUUGGCCCCGCAAGUUUUCCCGAGACACUUUUUUUUUUAAAUGAUUGUUUACAUAAAAGACUGUUAAAUGCCAGAAAAUCAGCUCCAAGUGAAUUUAGGGGUAGUAAAAUAAAUGUAUUCCCACGCAUAAAAGUAUUCCCAAGCGUAAUAGAUGUGAUCGUAUACAAAUGUAAGAAAGGUUUGAAAUUAUGUUUUGAUAUCUGUUUGGGCUUCUUGCAGUCUACAAAUUCUUUGUAAUUAUGUUCUGGCCCCCUGACCAUCCGCUCAAGAACAAAUUGGCCCGCUGAAUGUAGUUGAUGAUCCCUGUUGUAGUUUGUAGUUAGGAGAUAGAGGAGCAGUCAAAUAGAUUGGUCUGUAGUGUCGUAUUCCGCACUGUAAAAACACAGCACCAGCCUAACACACACACUCGCACACAAAGCAGUGUGCCAUUAGGCUGUGUUCAAAUCAACACUUUGAGCGAGACUUUAGUACCUCACCCGGUUUGUGCUUGUAGAACUGCCAGCUUUGGGUCAGCCAGAUAAAACUACACACACUCACCAGGUACAAACCAAACCAACCCUGUAGAAACCAAACUACGGCCGUACAAUACAUGAAUAAACUAACAGGUAACAAAUGAGUUUGGAUGAGGGACUAGGGGUAACACUUUGAUUUGAUAUGGCUUAUGAUCAGUAAAGAAAAAAAGGAAGAAACAUGAUGAUUUAAAAGGUAUUUGUUUGUAUUCUUGUUUAUAGUUGGUUUUAUUUUAUCUCCCAAAGCACUGGAACCUAUAUUUUUAUUGACUUUGUACAUAAAAUAAUUUAUGAAAUUAGUUUUAUUUCAUAUGUUUUAUGCCACUAAGCCACUUAAAUGUAUUUGUCCUUUUUUAUUUGAUUUUAUUCCAAACGUACCUUUUUCCUCUAACAGCCAUUUUAAAUAUGAAAGUAUUUAAGCCACUAGUGUGAAAGUGUACGACCAGUGGGGAGACAUAUUCUAUACUUUUCUUUGUGUGAAGAACUGUUCAAAUUUCACCUGAGAACAUGUACAAUUAUAUUAUGCCAUUUUUAUAUUGAUUGGGAUUGGUUUCUCUUUUUUAACCUAUAGAAAUUGGAACCAGAGACUGUUGAGAGGUGAUUUAUUUGAUUUUAUUCUGUUUUAAUUGUGCUUUUUGUGAAUGUGAAGAUGGCCUGUAGUACUGGUCCCCAGCCAAACCCAAAUACCACAAGAGAAGGGUAUUUUCCUUCAUGGUCUUUGAUUUCCGUGGAGAUAACUACCUUCUAAUGGUACUCAGAAAUACCAUUGAGGAGAUCUGUUGGCAUAACCUUGAACAGACCUGACUUUCUCUCUGUCUGCCAGAGUUUGCCUUUAUCCUAAUCAAUUGUUUUAUUUUUGUUUUUAUUGUCCAGCCGACAUGCCAAAGAGCUUGUCUGCAGAUAAUGUGGCGUGUUGUCCCCUCUUUGACUGUCCCCCUCCUCCAUGUCACUGUAUGGGACUGAAACUGGCUGACUGGGCAGGGGAAACUGGCAUUCUGGUUUUGCUUUGGAUAUAAAAUGUUUUAUCAAAAUCGGA